AUGACAAAGCGUGAGGAGAAUUCUCAACCCAAGAUGUUAGAAGGUGCAAAAUCAAUAGGUGCCGGAGCUGCUACAAUUGCUUCAGCGGGAGCUGCUAUCGGUAACAUAAUGGCAAUGUAUCGGACUGCAAAUCCUGGAAUGACGGUUCGACCCCGUCCUUGGCCUCUCCUUUUAGUCGAGUUACUAAAGUACCUCGGGGAGCGGCGAGCAGCACUCCACCUUAAUGAAUCAAAUGGCAUAAGUAAGGGGUUCCUCCGCUUCGCCAUGCAAUCCCAGGAAUCAGACUGGAAGCUACCAACUGAUCCCACCAUGCCUAGGAAUUCCCAUCGAACGGAGAGAGAUAGAUUCAACAGAGGGGUUCUUCCAGCUUCGCUGAAGAAGCUAGGUUCCUCCGCCCCAUGGUUGAUCGAAGGUCCUAUGCCACUGAAACUCAAAUCUAUCUGA